AUGAGCGAUCAAAGUCGUGUGCCGACCGACGAGGAAGUCGUCCAAGCGGCGCGCGCGCACUACGAGGCGCCGACGCCGACGCUGGGCAUUGCCAAGCUCCUGGGCGCGCUCCAGGCCGAGCACGGCUGGUCGUUGAGCGAGAAGCGCUUCCGCAAGCUCUUGCAGACGGCCGGCCUGCGCCAAGGCACGCAGAAGCAGCCGUGGGUGCCGGUGUCGUCGGUCGACGAGUCGGUGCCGCUGCCUGACGGCGUCGCGGCCAAGUACUUUGACGAGGUCAAGGGGCGUGGGCUCGUCGCGACCAAGCCGUUUGCCGAAGGGCAGUCGCUUUUUGUCGAGGACGCCUUCCUCGCUGCCCCCCCGCCGAGCCAGCUGCCGCGCCUGCUGAGCGGCGAGCUGUGUGCGCACUGCUUCCACCCCACGUCGGGGAGCACGCUGGCGAUUGCGUGCGGCACCGGCAAGUGCGGCGCGCGCUUCUGCAACCGGAUCUGCCAGGGCCGCGCACAGAGCACGCACCAUGCGCUGCUGUGCCCCGGCCUGAAUCCGAACGCGGAGCCGCUGCUCAAGUUCCUCGAGCAGUACCAGUGGCACUCGCUGCACAAUGUCGCGCGUGCGCUCGCGCGGCUGCUGCUCACCGAGUCCGCGCAUCCCCCGCCGUCGGUCUCGCCGACGACCGGCGCAACGGUGCACGGCCUGCCGACGCACGACGCGAAAGCGUCGUUUGACGAGACGCUGCGCCACCUCGACGCCUUUGCGACGGUCUCGGAGCUCGAGCGCCGCGCACGCAACCCCGGCUGGUCGAUGGAAAAGGCCAUGUUCCUCCCGGCGAUGCGCCAGGCGUGGGAGCUCCUGUGCAGAGCACUCGAUCCGCGCCAGGACAAGCUGCCCAAGCGCUUCCCGGUGCAGCGCACCGCGUUUCCUGCCGCAGCGCUCGACCGCGUCUUUUCUUACGACGCGUUCCUCGGGAUGCUGGGGCGCACCAAUAUCAACAUGGAGAGCCACGGCGGCCUAUACUUGGUGCACAGCUACCUGAACCACGACUGCGAGCCGAACCUCUCGAUCAAGCAUGUCCCAGGCCGCGGCGGCAUCCGGGCCGCGACGCGCAUCUCUGCACAGGCCGUGCGCCCGAUCGCACCGGGUGACGAGCUGCUGAUCUCGUACGUCGACCCCAAACUCCCGGCGAGCCGCCGCCGCGAGCUGCUCUGGCGCGACUACUGCUUCGGGCCGUGCGCCUGCGCACGGUGCACCGCCGAGCAGCCCGCGGCAGACGGCGAAUUCGACGCGGCCGCCGCCUCAAAACUCGCCGCAAACACCUCGGUGGACGCGGCACAGGCCGAGCAGGCCUCGCUCGAGCACGAGCUGCGCACCUCGCUGGGCUUCUAA